GUUUCGUUCGUGUAACGGAGAGCAAACUCUAAACAAUCUACAAUGAGAAUCAUAGACAACAGAAAACUUAGUUGACAUGGCGGAAUAAUCAGCUGUUAAUUGCAAUGCUAACGAAUAAGUGGAAUAAUUCUCGUAGUGAGUUGUUCAGUGUUUCGUUUGAUGAAGAAAUAGAGGUGUUAAUAAAAUAGUGCAGUGUGAAAGCAAGCCAGAAUGUCGGGUCGGGUAAGGAAGCAGUCGGACUGCCCCGUGAGCAAGCAGGGGCCUAUGCGAGCAACGCUGCCGGUAUCAUCAGUGAUGAAGAGCGGCGGCCUCAAGAAAAAUGCCAGCAAUAGUCCGACGCUGUCGCCCACUAACGCGUGGCGUCGAAUAUCACCAGAUCACGCCCUGUCUGGACAGCGAAGCCCUGGCGCUGUCAAUUACAAAGGCAAAAGUAGAUUUGGUGCUAGUGUGAUUAGACGUACAGCAUCACUGGACACACUGUAUCAUAAAGGACAAUGGUCCAGGGAUUACUAUCAACAUGCUAGCCAGUUGCAAAUUGAUAAGUCUACACAAACUGACGAUGGCGGUGGGGCAUCAGGACGUUCCUCCCGCAGUUCUGACGAUGACAAGCUGGAUCGUUUCUUACGUAGUCGCCUUCAGCGACCACACAAACCUUCUGCGUCCGGAGACUACUCUAGCCAUUCUAUGAGCACUGCUCUAUGGUCCCGUUUUGGAGGCAGCAGCGUCCCAUUGAGAGCAGCCCGAUCAUCUGUUGAAGGCCUCAAUCAAGAGAUUGAAAGACUUGUGCUGCAACCAGCCAGUGGCACUCAAACUCCACAUUUAGAUCGGCUAAGAGACAAGGUGACUCCAGAAGGUCACCGCGCGCCUCUCGCAGAACUUCUGAGGCGUUCUGUAAACACACAGACUCCACACGACCUGUGUCAUACUGCUCACUCCUCAGAUCCACCGUCGCGGGGGUCUCUCUCCAGUGGUGGGUCGGCAGAGCUGUUGGCCACAGGAGGCAGUGUGUGUUCGUCUCCAGAUCUCGAUGGCUCUAAGUUAGGAACAUCUCCGCAAAUUAAUCGCUUCUUAGCUCGCGAACCUCCAGAUGGUUGUGAAAAGGUGAACUUGAAAGCGGGUGAAGGGACAUCGUCGGACUCGGUGUCCGUAAUGAAGCCGACAGUACCAGGCUUCACACUGCGGCCAUCUCUCGGGUCUGCGUUCCAGCCGCUGCAGCCGACAUCGCCCCCGUCCCCGCCAGCCCCCCACUGACUUACACCGACGAGCGCGGACGCCGCCCCGGCUGCCGGCGCGCGGCGUCCCCCCACUGGCACCAGCGCUAGUGCCCACUCUACGGACUAGAGGGUCCCUAUCUACCAAACAUUAACUUGCGUUUCACUAACCCUCUCUUUAAACGUCCUAUGUUUGUUGAAGUUGGAACUCACAGUUCCCGACUCCACGUUAGUUCGACGCAGCUACUUUGUGGCGUACAAAUGAAACAUUAUUGUACACGACGGUACGUUGUUGCGAGCUAGUGGUUUAUUUGUACAGUAACAAACUAGCGUAGUUUCCCAUAGCACUGCAUAAAUGCUAAAUGUUAAUUACUUAUUACAGAAGUUAAACGUGUUAGUGGCAUCCAAAGUUUCAUCACCUAUUCAUAAUAACACGUUUUUAAUUAAUCUGUUGUGACAAUAAUAAACAUUCUUUAAAUGUAUUGUGACGAAAUUAAGAUGUCCUUUGAUACACAUAGUAUUGAAUGUUUGUCAAUUUCCAUCAAAUUUCGAGUGAGAGUAAGAAAUAGAAUGUCCCAAUGUAUUGAUCCGUUUUAGACUUGCAAUUACUUUGCACAAAUUACUACUUUGACAAACAGAGCAACCAAAGCAAUUUAAUCGCAGCAUUAGAUUCACUAACGAAGCCAAACUAAUGGCAAAUAUUUCAUAUAAACACAAGUACCUAGAAAUUGUUUUAUAAGUAAGAUUGCCCUGAUAUUAUUUUAAUGAUCGCAUUAGGUAAUGAGGGAGCUAUUUUUCUAAAAUGUUUUAUUUAGAUAUUUUAGCACUCACUGCUCCAGCUUAAUUUGUUUACAUGACUGGAUAUAUAUUUGAUCUCAUUUUAUGUAUUAUUUUAAAAUUAUGUACAUAACACUACAUGUUGCAAGCAUAGAAUUUUAAAGUGUUAUAGUAUGAUAAGUCAUUUUUUAUUUUGAAAAUACAUGAAGUUUUUGUUAAUGUAAUGAUUGAAGGUAAAUUACUUCGGACCAAAUUUCUAAAAGGGCCAGAUCAUCUUAUUUGUGGUUAUGGAUAUAUCGGUUGCUAGAACGAUUUUCUAAUGCAAAAGAGCUUUAACUUGUGGGAUUUGAUAAAAGAAAAUGUAAGUAAGAAAAUAGACUGAAUUUUUAAACUUUACUCAUACUUUGAUACAGGUAACUUGACUUUAUUUGUUAUGUAGUGUAGUGUACUAUAAAGUGCCUAUUAUGGACAUGCUUAUUUGUUUCUUUACUCUUCAAUGAAUAAGUUCGUAACUCAGUAGUAGUUGAUUUGUUUCACAAAUUCGAUGUUUGAUAUGUUUCGUCAGUAUCUGUAUCAGGUACAUGAGGCAUUCGUUCGCGUAACAUUCGUUUAGGGAAGUUUGGACCGCACUUGUUGGAUUUCUCAUUUUGGCCAAAAUGCAUUUUUAUCAUCGAGACUGAUAAUGUAGUAUGUUGACAACUUACACAUAAACAUAGUUAGAUCUGCUUUUGGACAUACGCAAUUAUUUUUUAAACCUUUUUUAAUAUUCGACGGCAAAUAUAUAUUUUGGAUGGCUCACCUUUGGGAAUAUAUAGUAUUUUAAUCUUAUCAUUGCUCAAACAAAAUUUUUAUUAAGAGCCACAACUUAUGAUAUACGCCGAAUUUGAAGAUGUAACGUGGUGAUUAUAAUAUUUCAAGUUGCUGAUGUAAAUUAGUACCUAUUGAUUAUAUUGGUUAUUCAAUAAACAAAUGUGAUAAUGUAAGAGACGGUCGAAUCUGAAUGUUGAUCGUGGCUUGACAACUUUCGAUACUGCUAAGUACUAGUGCUGUUGUAACCAUGUCUGAACAUGUUGCACAAAAUGGACAGUAUCCAUAAGUUGUGAAGAAUUAUCGAAGGUGCUGCGUAGUGACUAUAAGUGUGUACAGGCUGACCGACUUGUGACAAAGGAGCAGGGUGUUUGGGAUGCGAUUAUAUUGUGUAACUUGACGGCAGAUAGCAUUUUCGAAUUGACUGCGAAUGUGACAAACAAAACCAGUAUCUGACGCUAUGAAGAAAAACGUUUUGGAAAUGUACAAAAAGUAUUAUCAUCAUUCAUUUUAACCUACAUGACGAUUGUGUGUAUGCAUAAGAAUAUAUAUGUUGUAUAAAAUGCCACUACAGUCGUUAAUGAUUUGACAUUUUAAAUAGUGAUUAAACAAUAAACAUAUUGUGCAAAAACAUUAAACAUGGAAGAAGAGCCGAGCCAAUAUUUAAAAUCCGGAUUUCUGUGUAAAAUGUUUCUGAAGUAAGUGCAAUAUAGCUGUAAAUCGAGUAAAUAUACAAGCAAACAAUUUACAAUAUAAAUUUUGAGGAGUAUAUGUAUGUACAUUUAAUUUGUUAUAAAUGUCUUGAAGCCUUCAUUGAUCCACAGUUUGAGUUGCUUGAUCGUUGUUGUGAAAACACUUUCUCUAAAGUAAGCUUAAUGAUUAUGUUCGCGUUGCUUCCUAACAGCUUCCAUGUCGCUUCUAGACUCCCCACACUUGGAACCCAAAACAAUAUUAUGCUUUACUAAUAAUAGACUUAUGUCACAGGUCCAGGUUGUAAUUUAGGAUUUAUAUAAGCCUCUCCCAAUGUCGUUACCUAAUUUAAGGUUUAGUAAGUUUUAGUAAAGGACCCGAAAAAUUAUUAGCUGUUAAUAAAUGUGUGCUAUAAAAUGGUCCCCUUACUGUUUAAUUUAAUGUAACCACUGGGAUGUGGACUGAGGUUCGUAAAUAAAGAUGUUUGCAUUGCCACCAUUAUAAGUUAGACUGCUGGUACAAGCACAGUAUUCCAAAGGACAUCUUUAUUUAAGGACUGGAAAUGUUUUUUAAAGUACAUAAAAUAUUUUUAUAUGUUCAGGGUAGGAGAAGGGUGAGUUGUACCAUAAAAGUAACUUGGCUAGGACCUUAGAUUUGAUAGUUCUUUUAUAGAUGGUUAAUAUUAUUUUAAAGUUUGCUUUUAGAUGAAUGAUAAGUUUGUAAUUUUUAUUAAUACAAUAUUAGAAUUAAAUACUAACAUUUAAACUAAACCAAAAGUGCCCAUUGAGAUAAGUUUAUAAUUCAAGCAAGCCUUUUGUUCGGCAUUUUGUUAAAAAUAAUGUUUAGGCAACAAAAUUAGAAAUUAAGAAAAAUUAUCGAAGGAUUGUUGAGUUUUAAGUUAUCUAAAAUUGUUGAGGUUUAUUGAUAAAAAUUUCUUUAGUUUUUUUACAAAUAAUGUUCAACAAAGGGCUUGUUUAGUUAGAGGCAUUAAUUAACAUCAAUAUUAAUAGUAUCUACAUUUAAGUAAUAAUAAGAAUGGUUUUAUUAUAGUUUUGUUUCAGAGAAGAAAUUCUAAUUACUAUUUUUGUUUCCAAUAUUUUAUCACUUUUAUCUGUUUUCACUGUAAUGUAUCUUGCUGUAUUGCAGACAUAUCCAAUAUACAGACUGAUUUAAAA